AUGGAUAAGUUGUUAGGAGUACUUUUUAGAACCAAACAACUGAAGGAAACUAUAGAUAUUGUGGUAGGCCUCUCUGUUGGUAAUUUUGAAUAUGGAGCCUUUGAGACAGCAAUAGAAGUUAAAACAUCUGUUCUCUUAAAGCAAACU